ACAUAUCACACUUCACUCACAAACCAUUAUCACUUCUCACCCUCUCCAUCACACUUGUGUCCAACAACAAAAAAAAAACAUGACUAAAGAUGUUGAAGUGGCUGAGCACCAUGGUGGUGGCGGCGAUUACACCGCCAAGGACUACCAAGAUCCACCUCCCGCCCCGUUGUUUGAUGCAGAUGAACUUACUAAAUGGUCAUUCUAUCGUGCACUCAUAGCCGAGUUUGUUGCCACUCUCCUUUUCCUAUAUGUUACUGUUUUGACCGUUAUUGGUUACAAAGCCCAAACCGAUCCUACUUUGAACACUGAUCAAUGUGGUGGUGUUGGAAUCCUUGGUAUUGCUUGGGCCUUUGGUGGCAUGAUCUUUGUCCUUGUUUACUGCACUGCCGGUAUCUCUGGAGGACAUAUUAACCCGGCUGUGACAUUCGGGCUAUUUGUGGCCCGAAAGGUGUCAUUGAUCAGGGCCCUUGGAUACAUGAUAGCACAAUGUUUGGGUGCAAUCUGUGGUGUGGGACUAGUGAAAGCUUUCCAAAGCUCAUACUACAACAGGUACGGCGGUGGAGCCAACGAGUUAGCUGAUGGUUACAACAAGGGGACUGGACUUGGUGCCGAGAUUAUUGGCACCUUUGUUCUUGUUUACACCGUCUUCUCGGCUACUGAUCCUAAGAGGAGUGCACGAGACUCCCAUGUUCCUGUAUUGGCACCUCUGCCCAUAGGAUUUGCAGUGUUCAUGGUGCACUUGGCCACUAUUCCAAUCACCGGUACCGGUAUUAAUCCAGCCAGAAGUUUUGGUGCCGCCGUGAUUUACAACAAGGACAAGGCCUGGGAUGAUCAAUGGAUCUUUUGGGUUGGACCAUUCAUCGGAGCCUUUGCCGCCGCAAUCUACCACCAGUUUGUAUUGAGAGCCGCGGCGAUCAAAGCACUUGGUUCAUUCAGAAGCAAUGCUUGAGCUUGAAAGAUGUUCAUUCAUGGCUUGUGCCUUGUAGAUAUCUUUGAAAAUAUUUGGUUUUAUGUAAUUGUAAUUUAUUUUCUUUGAGUCUUGUUUAUGUGUCAAAUGCAAGUGUUGUCUUUUGUUUUUUUUUUCUCUUAAUUUUUAAAAAUUGAUUUUGUGAUCAAAGUAUUUCAAGAUCAUAAGGUGUGGAAUGUGAAUUUUAAGAGCUUAAUUAUAUUUGUGGGUAAGAUUCAUGAAAAGAAUUUGGUUCAUACUA